AUGAUAGGAUUUUUGACAAUUACUAGUGCAUGGCAACGAUGGAAAGAUGGUUUCCAACCUGUAAACGAGAAAAACUCUUAUAAUGAAGCGAAAGCUGAUGAAAAUGAAAGUCGAAAAAGCUCUGGAGAUUCAUCAGGUCAAGAAAGAUUUGGAGAUGAGCCAAUUUCGAUGGAAAGAGUAAUGGCAGAGUUUAAAUUAUCAAAUGGAACCCUUCGACGGAUGAUGGCAGAAAUGUCUCGUGCAAUGGAUAAAGGUCUCGAAGGUGGACCUGAAAAUAGCUCUGUAUCGAUGUUGCCAUCUUUUGUGCCUGAAUUACCAAAUGGGACAGAAGAAGGAAGAUUUAUUGCGAUGGAUUUGGGUGGUACUAAUCUUCGCGUGAUGUUAAUGGAUAUUGUGCCUAACGAAGAGCUGAAAACUGAGCAGUUUAAUACGAGGAUACCAAAUUGGGCGAUGCAUGGGACCGGUGAAUUGUUAUUUGAUUAUAUUGCAAAGUGUUUGGCUGAAUUUCUAGUCGAAAAAGGUGUGCAAAAUGAUGGCUUACCUUUAGGAUUUACAUUUUCGUACCCAUGCGAUCAAAGAAGUUUACGUUCUGCUACAUUACUGAGAUGGACGAAAGGUUUUCAAGCAUCAGGAGUGGUUGGAGAGGAUGUCGUGAAACUUUUGGAAAAUGCAAUCCUAAAAAGGGGUGAUAUCAAAGUUGAAGUGGUAGCACUAAUUAAUGAUACUGUUGGUACAAUGGUAUCAGCCGCUCAUCAAACUAAUGGUCAAUGUCAUAUUGGAGCCAUCAUUGCUACGGGCACCAAUGCUUCGUACAUGGAAGAUGUAUCAAAAAUUAAAUAUGGUUUAUCAAAAUCAGAAGUACAUUAUUCAUAUCCUGAAAUGAUAAUUGAUACUGAGUGGGGUGGUUUUGGAGAUAAAUGUGAAGCUGAUUACAUCAUAACUGAAUAUGAUAGAAUAGUUGACAAUGAGUCUGAACAUCCAGGAGUGAACAGGUUUGAUAAACUUGUGGGAGGUAAAUGCAUGGGAGAGGUGGUUCGUGUUGUUUUGGCAAAGCUCACACGAGCUGGAGUAUUAUUUGAUGGUAAAGGAUCAGACGCACUGUUUGAGAGAGAUUCUUUCCCUACUAAAUAUAUUUCUGAAAUUCUGAGCGAUGAAAGUGGGUCGUACAGUAAUACAAGACAAAUUAUGGGCGAGUUAGGCAUUGAUCGGUUCUCCUUCAGUGAUAUGCUAAUAUUUCGAGAAGUCUGUCUUGUUGUAUCGCGUCGAUCAGCAAAUCUCGGUGCAGCUGCAAUUGCAUGCGUGUUAAAUCGUGUACGAAAACCAGAUAUGGUAGUUGGCAUAGAUGGAAGCACUUACAAGUAUCAUCCAUUUUUUGAAUUUUGGGUUCAUGAAAAACUGAAGGAACUUGUCGACCCAGGUCUUCAAUUCAAAUUAUUGCACACUGCUGAUGGAAGUGGUAAAGGUGCAGCUUUGAUUACGGCUAUUGCUGCACGGUUGCGUAGACGUAAACAAGAGCAGAAUUCUCAGCAGUAA